UUGCAAUCACGCCUCACCUCGGGUGCUUGAGCAGAUAUGACAUUCCCGGGGGCUUUUAUCUAAUUUCAUCAAUCGCUGUCGGUCCGUGGUCGAGCAGUUUUCAAGACGGGGAACGUUGAGAAGUGUGCGAGGCCAUCGAACAUCUCCGGGACGACGUAUGGGCGGUUGAUGCACCGUGGUUCUGAGAGCACCUGCCUAACAAAGUUGAUUGGAGAGCGAAUACGCCGGUACUGUGGAGCCUUUUCGGGUGAGAUAUCUAACUGUGGAGAAGGACAUUUAGGCUUUAUUUUCUGUGAGCGUCUACAAGACAAGCUUCGCAAGACAAGCUUCGCAAGACAAGCUUCACAAGACAAGCUUCACAAGACAAGCUUCGCAAGACAAGCUUCACAAAACAAGCCCACAAGACGCGACCUGCCAUGGCGCCAGACACUCCUCGCCCCGAGCCAACAGAGACCUCGCCUCUCCUCGGAGCGCCCCAGGGCGCGGCAGUCGACGCUGGAGACGGAAGCGCACCCGGCGGACCCGAGGACGCCUCGUUGCCCUCGAUCGAACCCAACAGUGACCCGGGAGACAUUGAGCAACAUGCGCGCAACGGGGAGCUAAGCAAGGCGCAAGGCCUACCCAUGGUGCGGGCGCGACUGAAGUGGAUAUUUCCCGCCAUUGCCAUCGGCGUAUUCCUCUCAGCAGCGGACCAGACGCUGAUCGUCUCGACGUACGGCAUCAUCGGAACGGAUCUCGGCGCUCUGUCGGCGACGAGCUGGAUAGCGACGGCGUACUUUCUCACGCUCACCGCGUGCCAGCCGCUGUACGGCAGGCUGAGCGACGUGUUUGGGCGCAAGGAGUGCCUGCUGUUCGGGUACGUGGUCUUUGGCAUCGGGUGCGUGGCGUGCGGGUUCGCGCGCACCAUUGGCGAGUUGAUCGCUGCCAGGGCAUUCGCGGGGAUUGGGGGCGGUGGCAUGACCGUGUGUGUCAGUAUCUUGCUGUCUGAUGUUGUGAGCUUGAGGGAUAGGGGGACGUGGCAGGGCUACAUCAACCUGGUGUACGCGAGUGGAGCGGCAGCAGGCGCGCCGCUGGGCGGCCUGCUGGCGGAAACGAUUGGAUGGAGGUGGUCGUUCAUGGCACAGGGACCGCUGUGUCUGGUGGCGGUGGUCGCCGUGGGCGUGGCGCUGCAGCUGCCGAAGCAGGAGGCGGCGCACUGGAAGCAGAAGCUGGCGCGCAUCGACUUCCUGGGCGCGCUGGUCCUGAUCCUGGCCAUCUUCGGGCUGCUCGUGGGCCUCGACCGCGGGUCCAACGAGGGCUGGAGCAAGCCGCUGGCUAUCGCGGGGCUGUGCAGCACGCCGCUGUUCGCCGUCUUUGUGCUGGUUGAGAAGUACGUGGCCAAGCACCCUUUUGCGCCUGGCCACAUCAUCCUGGACCGGUCGCUGGUCGCGUGCUACCUGUGCAACUUCUUCUCGUUCAGCGGCUGGCUGGCGGCCAUCUUCUUCAUCCCGCUGUACUGGCAGGUCACGUACGGGUACGGCGCGUCGCAAGCCGGGCUGCUGCUCAUGCCCUCCAUCGUCUCAGGCGUCAGCGGGUCGCUGGUCGGCGGUGUUUACAUGAAGCGCACGGCAAAGUACUACUGGAUCACCGUCGUCGCCUACUCGAACCUGACCAUCGGCCUCUCGCUCAUCCUGCUCUUCGCCGGCACGCUGGUGCGCAACCUCCCCCUCAUGGUCGUGGGGACAUGCAUCUGCGGCUUCUCCAACGGCAUCGGCGUGACGACCACACUGAUCGGGCUCAGUCCGUCCCCUCCCCCUCGCCCUUUCUGUAUGCCACGCAGCUAACAAACCGCAGUUGCCAACGCAGAGCACGCCGACCAGGCCGUCGCAACGGCAUGCAGCUACCUGUUCCGGUCGCUGGGGUCCGUGUUCGGCGUGUCCAUGUGCGCGACAGCCUUCAACCAGACGCUGCGGUCUGGGCUGCGGGCAGCGCUCAGCGGGCACAGUGAUGCGGAUGAGGUGGCGGAGCGGGUGCGCGCUGGGCUCGCGUACUAUCGGGGGCUGGAGCCGCAUCUGCAGGGUGUGGUGCGCGAGUGCUAUGGACAGGCGACCAGGGCGGCGCUGGGCGUGAGCGUGGUGCUUGUCACGGGCAGUGCAGUCUGUGCGUGGGGCAUCCGGGAGAAGAGGCUGGGAUGAGAUUGGUCUGAGGGGGGGGGGGAC